CGCAACGCACAUGUGUAGGCAGAAGAAGAAGCAUGUGUAGCAUUAGUGGUCUAUUCAUUCUUUUACCAAUAUAGAUGCGAAAUUACAACGGAAAUAAAUGAGCUCAGAAUAAAAACGUUUUAGCAAAAUGAAGUUCGCUUACAAGUUUUCUAAUUUGCUCGGAGCAGUUUAUCGUCAGGGAAACCUGAAUUUCUCCAAAGAUGGCAACGCGGUGAUCAGUCCAGUUGGAAACAGAAUCUCAAUCUUUGAUUUGAAGAACAAUACAUCUGAGACAUUACCUAUAUCUACCACAAAGAAUAUAACGUGUGUGGGUCUCUCUCCUGACGGGAACUUGGCGAUCGUGGUGGACGAAGAUGGAGCAGCGCUGCUGGUCAGUCUCAUCACUCGAGCCGUCCUUCAUCACUUUCACUUUCACAAACCCGUCAGCAGCAUCCGCUUCUCACAUGACGGCAGGAAGUUUAUUGUCACAAAGGGGAACGUAGCGCUGAUGUACCACGCUCCAGGGAAGCAGCGGGAGUUUAACGCCUUCGUUUUGGACAAGAGCUACUACGGUCCGUACGAUGAGACGACCUGCAUCGACUGGACAGACGAUUCCAAGUGUUUUGUAGUGGGCAGUAAAGACAUGUCGACAUGGGUGUUCGGUGCAGAACGCUGGGCCAACCUGAUCUGUUACUCUUUGGGUGGACACAAGGACCUCAUCGUGGGCUGUUUCUUUGAGCAGGACAGUUUAGAUCUGUACACGGUGAGCCAGGAUGGGACGUUGUGCAUCUGGGAGAGCAACACUGAGCUGGAUGGUCUCGUGCUGCAAAAACACAAGGACAAACCCAAGCCUCGACGACAAGAUGAGGAGGAGGAAGAGGAGGAGGACAUGGGGGAGAAAGAGGAAGGGGAGGUGAUCAGAGGGACAGCUGAAACUCCAAAAAGCAAAGAUGAAACCAAGCAUGUUCGAUACAAGCAAAGGAGCAAACAUUUCUUCAACAAAGAGGGAGAUUUCAACAAUCUGACAGCUGCUGCCUUUCACAAACCCACUCACAUCCUGGUCACGGCCUUUGCCUCCGGGAUCUUCCACCUACAUGAACUGCCAGAGUUUAACCUGAUUCACUCUCUGAGUAUUUCAGACCAGAGGAUUGCCUCGGUGGCCUUCAACAGCUCUGGAGACUGGAUUGCAUUCGGAUGCUCACGAAUGGGUCAGCUGUUAGUGUGGGAGUGGCAGAGUGAAUCGUACGUCUUCAAGCAGCAGGGACACUUCAACAACAUGGCUGCCCUGGCUUAUUCACCAGACGGACAGUACAUCGUCACAGGAGGGGAUGAUGGGAAAGUCAAAGUGUGGAACACCAACAGCGGCCACUGCUUCGUGACGUUCACCGAGCACUCCAGCAGCAUCACAGGCGUCACCUUCACCUCCAGCGGCUUCGUCAUCAUCAGCGCCUCUCUGGACGGGACGGUCAGAGCGUUCGACCUGCACAGGUACCGAAACUUCAGGACGUUCACGUCUCCUCGUCCCGCGCAGUUCUCCUCCCUGGCUGUGGAUGUCAGCGGGGAGCUGGUGAGCGCUGGAGCUCAGGACUCCUUCGAGAUCUUCUUGUGGUCCAUGCAGACCGGCAGACUGCUGGAGGUCCUCGGAGGACACGAGGGUCCGGUCAGCUCUUUGUGCUUCAGUCCAGUUCAGUCCAUUCUGGCCAGCGCCUCCUGGGACCGGACCAUCCGGCUGUGGGACAUGUUAGACAGCUGGCAGGUCAAAGAGACACUUCGCCUCACAUCUGAUGGUUUGUGUGUGACGUACCGCCCUGACGGUCAGGAGUUAGCCGUGGCCACUCUGAAUGGAGAGAUCUCCUUCUGGAACCCUCAAACAGCCGCGCAAACCGGCUCGCUGGCCGGACGCCACGACCUGCAGACGGGCCGCAAAGACACGGACAAAAUCACUGCCAAGCAGUCCGCCAAGGGCAAAUCUUUUACCUCACUGUGUUACUCUGCGGACGGGGAGUCUGUUUUGGCGGGAGGACAGUCGAAGUUUGUCUGCAUUUAUAACGUCAAGGAGCAGAUGCUGGUGAAGAAGUUUGAGAUCUCCUGCAACCUGUCGUUUGAUGCCAUGGAGGAGUUCCUGGACAGGAGGAAGAUGACAGAGUUUGGGAGUUUAGCUCUGGUGGAUGAAGGAGCUGGUGACGGAGACGAGGUCAACAUCAGCCUGCCAGGAGUCCGGAGAGGCGACAUGAGCUCUCGUCACUUCAAACCUGAGAUCAAAGUCAGCUCACUGCGGUUUUCUCCAACCGGUCGUAGCUGGGCCGCCACCACCACCGAGGGCCUGCUGGUCUACUCCCUCGACAGCUCUCUGGUGUUCGACCCGUACGAUCUGGACCUGGACGUGACGCCCACCAGCAUUCGCAAGCAGCUCCGCCUCCAGCAGUGGGUGUCGGCCAUCGUCCUGGCAUUCAGACUCAAUGAAAAGGACCUCAAGCAGGAAGUCCUGGAGACGGUGCCACACGAUCAGAUCCCGGUGGUUUGUGGGUCUCUGCCUGAUGUUUACGUGGAGAAGCUGCUGGGCUUCGUGGCGCAGUGCUUGGAGGCGUCGAGCCACCUGCAGUUCUACAUGACCUGGGCUCAGAACCUGCUCAUGCUGCACGGUCAGAAGCUGAAGAACAGGUCCGGCUCCAUCCUGCCCACCCUGCAGGCGCUGCAGAAGAGCAUCCAGAGACACUUUGACAAUCUGUCCAAACUCUGUGACUUCAACAUGUAUAAUAUCCGUUACGCCGUGGCGCUCUCCAAGCAGAGGGGUGUGAAGAGGCCUGCUGAGGAGGAGGAGGAGGAGGAUGAAGGGUUGUCUGAGGAGAUGAGCGAGGCCUCUUUAGACGACUCAGAGAUGAUCCUGUAGUCCAGAAUGUCUCCUUUCAACAUCUGUUAAACUGUAAUGUCCUAGGCUGAUUUUUUAAAAUAAAUUUAUAUAUAAUGUGGAUAAA